AUGUUGAUUUCUAUAAGCGCCCAAGCUUAUUCUCUGCUUUCUUUGAGGACCUUCUUCAAACACGUACCGGCAAUUAAAUCAUCAACGCUAAAACUUCGCCAUUUUUCCGCCGCCAGUAUCUCGCGCACCUCCGUUUCCGCAGCUGGUGCCCUCAAUUUUGAAGCAUUGGCCUCACACCAAAAGCGUCAAGUUCGUCUCUACAUUGACUCCCUCCUCGAAUGGAACCAGAAAAUGAAUUUGACGGCGGUGAAAGAGGAAAAUGGGGUGAUGGAAAGACACGUGGAGGACUCCCUGGCGAUUAUUGAACCCAUUCGGGAUUCAUAUAUGUUGCGUAGCGGGAAUUCUUUCGAAAAUUUGAGUGUUGUUGACGUUGGAAGUGGAGCUGGGCUUCCUGGAGUCAUUCUGGCCAUCGCAUGCCCUAGUUGGAAGGUGACUUUGUUGGAGUCCUUGAAUAAGCGUUGCGUCUUCUUGGAGCAUGUCAUUGGCCACAUUGGCUUGCAGAAUGUUCAAAUUGUUCGCGAUCGAGCUGAUACUAUAGGACAAAACCUUGACUAUAGAGAGAACUUUGACAUUGCAGUUGCUAGAGCAGUUGCAGAAAUGAGAGUACUAGCUGAAUAUUGUCUUCCUCUAGUCCGUGUUGGUGGUUUAUUUGUAGCAGCAAAGGGUCAUGAUCCACAGGAGGAAGUUGCAAAAGCUGAAAGAGCUACUCAUUUGAUGGGUGCUUCUCUCUUGCAAACAUGUUUUGUGGAGUCUCACAGCAAAUUCGGACAAAGAACAGCCAUUAUAUGCCUGAAAGAUGGUCCGACCCCCAGAAAAUAUCCUCGGGCACCAGGUAUUCCUUCAAAGCUCCCACUAUGACAUUGAUACUAGACCAGAAAGGUUUGGUUAGCUGUGUGUCUUAUUUAUCAUAUUAGCUAGUACUUUCUGGUGAACAAGAUUCAACUGAGAAACGCAGUGAUGUACAUCAUAUCUUGGAUAUUUUUUGCUCCCAUUCUUCACCUCGCCAAUUAAUACUCUUGUGUACAAGUAUGUAUUGUUUGUUUUUC